UUCAAUGAUACAAGUAGACCAGUACCUGUACUGAACACUGACAUAUUGGGCCGUGCUCGCGAACCACAAUUGACCACUUGCAUAGAGCUCAAGACUACCAAAUGACGCUGUCAGGGUCUGCUGCUGCUCCGCGCGGAAGACGCACAUAAUCGUCUGAGGACAGCACUCAACAUGACUUAUAAGAGCCGGCGCGCAUGAGCGGAUCCUACAGGCCAGCUCGCACAAACCCAACGGAUCAAACAUGUCAAUCUCCCUGACCCCUCGUACUCUGGAACACGCCCACGGACCCGAUGGAACUGCGCCUUUGGCUUGUCUGCGCACCGAAUCACUAUGCGUAGGAAACCAACGGCCUCCAUCUCCAAUGUCGGGCAGUAUUUCGGGUAAUAUGCUGUCAAAUGAUCGCCUGGGAUCGCACGAUGCACAGCGGUCGACAACGAAGCCUACUCACGUGCAACAGACAUUCAGAAAUCUCAAGUUCGUCGUAGUGAACUGUAUACUCGGCUUCGCAGCAUUGUUGACGACCAGCAUGGCCGUCGGGACACUAUGGUCGGCAAUCGUGUCGACCAUCGGCAUCGUGAUACUGGUCGGCUGUCUCCCCGGACAAGAUGUCAUCACCUGUGUCGAUCCGUACGCAGGCGCGAUACUCAGGGCAGUCGCGCAUACGUGCAUGGUCGGUGGGUCCCUCCUUGGCGGCAGUUUGUUCCUGGCGAACAUCGGCAUAUGCCAGUCACACGCUGUACUGAUACGCAGAGGGCGAGGAACCCUCAGCGAACAUGAGAAGAUUGACAGCUGUGUGACUCGGUGCACCAUACCGGUGGCGUUCCUCAUCACCGGCAUUUUUGGUCAAGCAGUCGGUGUAGCCGUACUGGGAGGGAACCCGAAUGGAGGAUUAGGCGUCGUUCAUGCCCUGCAGGUGGGUACGAUGGGGGCCUUCCCAAUAACACUAGCUCUUGUCGUGCUCUUCGUCAUGCAUCGUGCUCGGGAGCUCUACGCAAGUGAGAAUUUGUUUCUCGAGCAAUGUGGUGGCUCAACUUGGAUGUUUUGCAGAGCGCGUCCUUCCUGUCAGCGAACAGAGUGAAGGACGUCAGAAGACGUUAGAACGACAUUGCUCGACUCGGAGAUCAAUG